AUGAUGCCACCAGCUCAACUCAGAGGUGGUAUUCAAGGCACAGAUGGACAUGGGGGGAGUGAGAGCGCAGCGUCAGAACCUCUCCUUUCCUUCCUCUCCACUUCCCCAUUUUCCUCUUGGCCCCUUGCCCCCAGCCUGCUCAACUCAGAGAUGGCAUUCAAAGCCCAGAUGGACAUGGGGAGACCAGCUCAACUCAAAGACGGCAUUAAAGCCCAGGUGAACGUGAAAGGUGUGAGAGUGCAGCGCCAGAAUCAUUCCUUCUGCAUCCUUGUCUCCUCCGCCAUUCCUGACCCCUCUUCCCCCCAACUUCCUACCCCUCCGCCCAGCCAGCGCAACUCAGAGAUGGCAAUCAAGGCACAGAUGGACAUGAGGGGCGUGACAGUCCAGCUCAACUCAGAGAUGGCAAUCAAGGCACAGAUGGACACGAGGGGCGUGACAGUCCAGCUCAACUCAGAGAUGGCAUUUAAAGCCCAGAUGGACAUGGGGGGAGUGAGAGUGGAGCGUCAGAACCUCUCCUUCUGUAUCCUCACUCGCCGAAUGUACCCCUUAGAGGACGACUCGUGUCCCGUUAAGAUCCUCAGCGCUACUGCCAAGGUGCCUCUGAAUGGGGCCAAGUGCCGUCUGUGCACGCCCUGCAAGGCCGGGGAGGAGGCUGAGCAGGCGCUAGCUGCCAUCCCUGACACGGCUCCCAACUGGCCAGGGCCGUUCACUCAGGGGAUAGAAAUGUGCUCCAUCCACCAACCGUGGGAGGACAUGUGGCAGCAGCAGUACGACGCUGUCAUGGGCGCUGAGCUGGCACGCCAACGCCAAGCUGUCGUCCGCAUGGCUGCUGACGUGGCGCUCUGCGUGCGAUCUUUCGAGCAGCUCCGCGCCCUCUCCUCUGUGUGGUCCGCCCCCUCCCCCUUGGCGCUCUGUGUGCGGGGGCAGCUGGGGGAGACGAAGCUUCUGGGAACCAAUCCACGACAGUUUGCCACGUUCACGCGCCUGCUCUCUUCUACCAGUGAGAAGGGGAGGGAGAGUGAGAAAAGUAGUGGACAUGUUAUUGACGGUGAUGGUGAUGAUCUGCCUGGUAUGAUCAACGGUGGUGAUGGUGAGGCACUCAAUGGCCCUGGUGGUGACUUUGCUGCCCCUCAUGGUAACAUCCCCAGCAGCAUGAGAAACCAGUCUAUAGAGUUAACAAUUCUGCCUCUCCAGCAGAGUGAGGUGACUUUGACUUUCCAGUCGACUCAAAAGGCGCACAGUAGCACUGCAAACCCGUUCAGAGCAUCCCCUGUCUCGCUUUUCCGAAGCGAGGGAGAGGGCAGGCAGGAGGGAGAGGGCAGGCGGGAGGGAGAGGGCAGGCGGGAGGGAGAGGGCAGGCGGGAGGGAGAGGGCAGGCGGGAGGGAGAGGGCAGGCGGGAGGGAGAGGGCAGGCGGGAGGGAGAGGGCAGGCGGGAGGGAGAGCGCAGGCGGGAGGGAGAGGGCAGGCGGGGGGAGGGCAGGCGGGAGGGAGAGGGCAGGCGGGAGGGAGAGGGCAGGCGGGAGGGAGAGGGCAGGCGGGAGGGAGAGGGCAGGCGGGAGGGAGAGGGCAGGCGGGAGGGAGAGGGCAGUCAGAAAGCAGCAGAGACCCCUUCCCCUUUCGAGCAUUCUGAAUGGGAUGAACACAAGCCAGCAGACACCUCAGGCACCUGGGAGGCGGAGCUUCGUUCUCUCUUCCCCGCCAUCUCCAUCCUCCAUCGCCCUCCCUCCUGGUUGCAGCAAUCGCAGCAAUCGCAGCAAUCGCAGCAAGCGGACAGCACGGAGCGGGAGAGGGGGGGGCAGGAGGAUCAGGGUGGGGAAGGAGUUCAACGUGGGGAGGUGGCGAGGGAGGAAGAAUACAAGCGCGAGGCCGAGGAUGGGCUGCUGUGGCGGGUGGAUGUGGUCAAGGUGCGUGCUUGGCUUGGAGGUGUGUAG